CAGGUAUGCAGCCAAACUGUCAGUAGAUCGGCUUCCGAAUCCAACGGAGAUUAGCGACAGAUAUUCGCCGGAGAAGAUCGAAUCAAACCGUGUGAUUUGUUUUCCCUACGAUCACAAAAAUGCGGAUUUCAAAUUGGCCCCGAACACCCCGAGUUAAUAGUUUGGUGGGUAGGCGCUCACUUUCUCUGAUAUAUAUAUUCCCGGCCCGCUCUUGUCUUUUCCCCAUUUCCUUCCAUAUAUCUUCUGCUCUUCGGGCUAGAAGGAUAUUCUCUCAGGCGACACGCGCAAUUUGAUCUCCUCUGGUGCGCUCAGCGAUCUAGGGUUUGCCCGGUACCGAAAACCCUAGCUUGGUGGUGGUGUUGCUAAGAUCAAUCCGGUGGCCUUUCCGUCGACCCGGAGUUGAGAAAUUGCGGGUACUCCGUCUUCGAAUGGGGGGAGGCGAAUCUCUGGCUUAUGCAAACCACAAACUAGCAGGGGAUUGUUUGAAGACACUAAGCUCAUCUUCUGGAUCUCGAAGGGAGUCCUGAUUUCUUGGACCACAGAUGGAUUAUAAUGGAAAUGAUUACCAAAGCAAGAAUCUUCACUUAGCUGGUGAAGAUAGCUCAAAAGUCUCUUCUGUUUUGCGCCCUUUCUCUCUUCCCAGAUUUGAUUUUGAUGACAGCCUCCAGGGCCAUUUAAGAUUUGACAGUUUAGUUGAAAACGAAGUUUUUCUUGGAAUUCCUUGUCAGGAAGACAACCAGUGGAUUGAGGAUUUUCCUCGAGGAAGCAGUGGAAUAGUAGAGUUCAGUUCAAGUGCUACCGGGCCUUGCACAAUCACUGGACGCAAUAAUGUAUGGCAUGAGGUAACAUCUCCAGAAUCUGUUGAAAUGCUUUUAAAAUCGGUUGGUCAGGAACAUAAUGUUCCCCAAUACACAACUAUCCCGGAGUCAGAUAGUGGCAAAGAGUUGGGUAAUGUAACCCAUGAUACGGAACCUAGCUUACGUGAGGAUGAUAAGAUGGACCAUGUUGGAGGUCCUAUGUCGGGCAUUACAAACCCAUUUUUGGACAAUUUUUCUAGGUCUUGUGAGAUAACAGAUGGAGAGGUAGACCAGUUUAAAUGUAAACCGCCAGUUGCAAGUCCAUCUUCAGAAAUUGACGCCAGCACGGAAGGUGCAGAAUUAACUGCUGAGAAAAGCUUGCAUUUUAUUGAAUUAGAGAAUAGUUAUAGAAAUGACACAGGAGUCGCAGCUUCCCACAAUGUAGUUUUGGUUAACCAAAAUAAAGAAGAUCCACGUGUCCCUCUGAUUUUGGAAAAUCCAAAUGACCAUACUAAGAAAAAUGAUAUGAAUGAGGUUGAUUUUCGCAGUGACGAUUGUAUUAUUAAGGAUUCUAUCCCCAACGUUACUUCUGAGGCAGAAUAUGUUGAAGAAGUUGGAGAGGGAAACACAUCUCCUAAUUUAGAUGAAUCUUUGAAUUUGCUGCAAAAUGAGGAGUGCGACUUGCUCUCCCCUGAAGAAUGCAAUGAAAAUCUCUUAUCAGCUGAACCUUCUCAAGUUAUCGAUUCACAUAUUAUUGGGUCUUCAGAUUUUAAGGAAAGCAAGCCCCAAAUUGAGGGCGAUAGUAUGCAGCAUGAUGAGCAAUCUCUUCCAUUGAAGAGCAUUUGUGCAUCAGAUGGGCAUGACAAAGAGAAGGUAAGAGAUACUGCUGACCACGUCUCCAAUCCUGAGAGGGAGGAGUGUUUUUUGAUAAAAAAGCCAUAUGAACAAAACAGUCCCAAUGAACAAGAACGUAAUACUAUUGCAAAUUUUAGCUCGGACUAUAAACUCCCAAGUGGAAGUAAUCUUGAUCAUGAAGGUGAUAUUGCCAGUCCAAGAGAUAUAUGUAUUCCAGAUGAAAGUCUGGCAGAGACACCUGUAGCUGCAUGUGAGAAUUUGGUUGGUGAGAAAGACGCCUUAAGGAUAUAUAAAGUGGAUUACUGUGAUGGAAAUGAUGUCUCUUCACAUGCCAGAGAUGAGCCAGAAAAGAUCUGCAGUGAAGCCUUGUCCUCAAAGCAGCCUAUUAAGGCCGACAACUGUGAUCAAGAUGUGUCUUGCUGUGAGAGAGGGGAAAUGAUGCCAACUACUGUUGGCAGUGAUGCUGAAAACUAUAAUCCACUUUAUCACCAAGUCGAGACUGGAUCUUCUUUGGCUGAAGAGUGUAUAAAACAUAUUGAGAAUGCUCAUGGGUCAGAGUUGGGUACCUCAACGAUGCAUAAACAAGCUUCAAACAGUGAGGUGGGAGAUGUAGACCACCCCUCACACAACACAUUGGACAGUGCUUCUAUGACUGAAGUAAGUGAUGUUCCAGCUGGGUUGGUCAUGCAAUGUGAGGAGGUGCCGUUGCCCGUUAAGGAAGAAUUGAUGCACUUAGAAAGGAAGGACGAGAUGGAUAUUGUGUGCCCCGCAGAAGCAAGUGUAUCAAAAUUAGGUUCAUCCCUUUUUAUGGCAAAUCAGCUAGGUCAUGCUCCUGAUGUUGAGAAUGACCCAUCGGUGCCAACACCAUUGGCAGUUUCCGUUCCUAUGACAGAGACAACUGAUACUGAGACCAAAACUGAAGCAAGUGAUGUUCCUGCUGCAGUGGUCAAGCAAUGUGAGGAGGUGCUGUUGACAGUUCAGGAGGAAUUGAUGCAUUUACAUAAGAAGGAAGAAAUGAGCACCAUAUGCCCCGAAGAAGCAAACUUAUCAGAAUUAGGUUCCUCUAUUCACAUGGCAAGCCAGAUAGGUCUUGAGAAAGACUCGUCGGGGUCAACACCAUUGACAGUUUCCAUUUCUAUGAUAGAGGCUGCUGAUGCUGAGACCAAUACUGAAAAAACUGAUAUUCCAACUGCAGCGGUCAAGCAAUGUGAGGAGGUUUCCUUGCCAGUUGAGGGGGAAUUGAUGCCUUUACAUUCAAAGGAUGAAAUGGGUACUGUGUGUGCUGCAGAAGCGAACUUAUCAGAUUUAGGUUCAUCCUUACAUAUGGCAAGCCAGCCAGGUCUUGUUCCUGAUGUUGAGAAAGACCAAUCAGUGCCAACACCAUUAACAGGUUCCGUUCCUUUGAUAGAGGCCGCUAAUACUGAGACCAAAAUUGACCCAGUCAGUGCUUGUGGUGAAAUUCAUCCAGAUUGCGAUGUGGCUGGAGAUAUAGGUCACCAGCAUGAAUCAGUUUACCAAUGCACACCAUUGGAAACUAGUUAUUCCAAUUCUAUGAUAGAGGCUUCUGAUACAGAGACCAAAGCUGACCAAGCCAGUGCUUCUGGUGAAGUUCACCUAGACCAAAAAAUGACAGAAACAAAAACUGAGUCCACCAGUGUUUCUGGUGAAGUUAAUCAAGGGAUCUCUAUAGUGGAACAAAAAGGUUAUCAGCAGGACUCGGCAGCAGAAAAGGAGGGUAAUGAUGCAAACAACACCGUUGGCAAGCAUCUGGAAACAGAGAGUGAGGGUAAACAGGCUUCAAACACUGAAGGGAGAGAAGAUUGUAAGGAGCAGGGUGCACCUGAAUUGUGUUCUACUGCUGUCACAACGUGCAUUCAGGUUGUGCUAAGCAAGAGGAAAAAGCAAGAGGUUGGCAAUAAUGAUGCUGCAGAGAGUGUUCCAUCUCCCGAGGGUACAAAUGAUUUUGGUGCUAAAGUGCAGUCAAUGUGCUUGGAUUUUAGUGUGGACUCAUCUAAGAAAGAGAUGGGCAAGGACUUGCAAUCAUAUCCCAGUAGCAAAACCCCUGAAAUCAAGAUGGAAACAUCACAACCUAUUAACAUGGCAACACCAUCUGUUGGAGCAAAAGGUAGCUCUGAGCAAAAAGUAAGGCGACGUUCAGGUAAGCUAGGAAGAGAAAGUAGUAGGAAAGGGAAUCGAGUGAAGGAAAGCCCUGUCAAAUUCUCUGAUAGAGUGGACAGUUCAUGUGUAGAGUUAGGCUCCUCUGUUGCUGCGCAAUUAGUGCAAUUUGAUGCUGGAAGUGUUCAGCGCAUUGGCACAAAGACAAGCAAUGUUUGUAAUUCAAUAUCCAUUCUUCCAGAUCUCAACUCUUCUGCCUCACCCAUAUCAUUUCAACAGCCUUUUACUGAUUUACAACAAGUGCAAUUACGGGCCCAAAUCUUCGUUUAUGGAUCCUUAAUUCAAGGUUCAGCACCUGAUGAAGCCAUCAUGGUUUCAGCAUUUGGUACCUCUGAAGGAGGCAGGGGCGUUUGGGAGCCUGCAUGGCGUUCUUGUGUAGAAAGGCUUCAUGGACAGAAAUCUCCCAUCAUUGGCUCUGAAGGGGCUGGUGAACCUGGUUCAGGCCUAAAAACACCGGAUCAAGCACGCAAACCUGUUUCACACCAUAGCAAAUCUAUUUCCACAACAGCUCCUCGACCAAGCAUUAGCAGGGGUACUUCUAUUCCUAUCAUUUCUCCUAUGAUACCUCUUUCAACACCUCUAUGGAGCAUAGCUUCUCCUUCAUGUGAUGGUCUUCCACCCAGUAGUAUGACAAAAGGAGCAUUUGUGGAGUAUCAGGCAGUUUCUCCUUUGCACCCCUAUCAAACUCCACCCAUGCGGAAUUUCAUAGGGCAAAAUUGUUCUUGGUUAUCACAGACUCCUUUACCUGCACCCUGGGUUGCAUCUACACAAACUUCUGCUUUUAAUAAUAGCAUGACGCACAUCCCUGUAAUUCCCAUUGCGGACCCUGUGAAUUUGAUUCCUUCCCAAGAAUCAUCUGGUUUAUCUUGUGGGACAAAGUAUGCACCACCAAGUUCUGUGGCCCCUUGUAUGCUGCCUUCUGGGGUUCUUGUAGACCUUUCGGCCCAACAGUCUACCGAACAAAGAUCUAAAAAGAGAAAAAAGAUAUCCUGUACUGAGGUUCCCCGACAGACCUCACUGUCAAUUUUACCAGCUGAACCAGUUCCUGCCCCCAGUAUUAAUUGCAAUUUGUCAAAAGUACCUCAUUCGUCUGAAUGUGUUGGAGAUACCUCAUUGAUAGCUGGAAGCCAGACAGCAACAUUGAUGACUACCAUUGCUAGCAAUCGUUUUUCUUCGCCGGUAGCUGUAAUCACUCCUAGCUUUGUGUCCAAAAGCAAGUCCAAUCUUGUUUCUCCUUCUAUAUCUUCCCACCACUAUGAAAGAGAAGAUAACAAUUUGGAGAAAGCGAAACUAACCCCACUGGAUUUAAACAGCAUAGAAGAUGUGAAGCUACAUUCAGACGAAGCUGCUGAACAUGCAGCUGCUGCACUUGGUCACUGCCAAGGUAUAUGGAGUGAGUUGGAAAAGCAAAAGAACUCCGGACUGAUGUCUGACCUUGAGACCAAGCUGGCGUCUGCUGCUGCUACUAUAGCAGCUGCUGCUUCUGUUGCUAGAGCAGCAGCAGCAGCAGCUAAAAUUGCAUCAAAUGCCGCUUCACAGGCUUGGCUGAUGGCUGAUGAGGCAUUGUCGUCAUCCACAAGUGCCUGCCCCGAAAGCAUGAUAGAUGCUCACUCUGACUUUUUAAAAAGCAUGGGAAGUGCGACCCCUGCUUCCAUUUUGAAGGGUGGGGGUGGACCCAAUUGUUCUGGCUCAGUUAUUUUUGCUGCCAGAGAGGCAGCUAGGAGAAGAAUCGAGGUUGCCUCUGCUGCCUCAAGGCAUGCUGAAAAUUUAGAUUCAAUAGUGAAGGCUGCUGAAUUAGCAGCUGAGGCUGUAUCACAUGCUGGAAAAGUUGUCUCAAUGGGGGACCCUUUGACGUUAAGUGAGUUAGUUGAAGCAGGUCCUGAUGGUUACUGGAAAGUUCCCAAAGCACCUGGAGAGCAUUGUGUGAAAUCAAAUAAUGGGAAAUCUGUUUUUGAUGGAUUUGAAAAGUCAUCCGACGGUUUCCUAGAGAAAGCCGAGGGUCCUAGGAAGGCAUUACAGGCCCUGACGAUGGGCCCAUUGUCAGUACCAGUGGAAGUAAGUAUUGGGGUAGAAGAAGGUUCUACUAAUACAAUGAAAGGAAAUGUUGAGGUAGAGGAUGAUAUAUCGCCAUCAAAGGGAUGCUCUGAAAAGGAUAUGAGUGGGAACAAGGUUCCCAUGCCAGAAGUGGAGUCAAGGUUAAAUUCCAUUCAAGAGGACCAUGGAAAAGGCAUAAGUUCAAAGAGUGGAGAAGACAUCAAAGAAGGCUGUCUUGUUGAGGUUUUUAGGGAUAGUGGUGAUGCCUGGUUCAUGGCCAAUGUGUUAAGCUUGAAGGAUGGCAAGGCUUUUGUCUCUUACACCGAACUCCCAUUGGGCAAAGGUUUAAGACACCCGAACGAUUGGAUACCUUUAUGUACAGAUGGUGAUGAGGUGCCCAGAAUACGUCUUGCACAAACUAUGACCGCUGUGCACUCUGAAGGCGCCCGGAAGAGAAGACGAGCAGAAGUUAGGGACUAUUCCUGGUCUGUUGGCGAUCAAGUUGAUGCUUGGAUCCAUGACUGCUGGCGAGAAGGAAUCAUUAUUGAGAAGAACAAAAAGGAUGAAACUACAUUCACUGUCAAUUUUCCAGCUCGCGGAGAUAAUGUUGUCGUUAGAGUGUGGAAUCUUCGCCCUAGACUCGUUUGGAAGGAUGGCGAGUGGAUUGAGUGGUUCACUCGAAAAGAGCAGUCUUCUCAGGGCGAUACCCCAAAGGAGAAGAGAAUGAAGUUGGGAAAUGCUACUAGCGAGGAGAGCAGGGAAAAGGCGAAUGUCACCACAAAUAUUGAUAUGCCAGAAUUAGAUACAAUUGAAGAAGAACCGAAAUUGAUCCCUUUAAGUGAGGAAGAAAGAAAAUUUAAUAUUGGUAGCCUGAGGAAUGAAAAUAGCAAGCCCAAACCUGCCCCACACAGGACGAUGAGGUCUGGGUUACUACAAAAACAACGGUCAAAAGUAGUUUUCGGUGUUCCUUCACCUGGAAAAAAGAGGAAGUUCAUGGACGUAAGCAAACAUUAUGAUUCAAACAGGGGGGGUGUUAAGACCACCAUUGCCAGUUCAACAAAUGAUUCAGCAAAAUAUGGGAUUCCAGCGAGAUCAGGCUUUGGGGGAUGGAGAAAUAGUUCCAAAAUGGAUGAUCCAAAGGAGAAGAAGUUCAUGGCUGAAUCAAAAUCCAAGCCUCCGCUUAGAUCUAGGAAACCACCCACUACUUCAAGCAAGAUCUUGAAAGAUAACUUUUUGAGGUCAACUCCAACGACCUCUGGUGAUGCCAGUCACGAGAUGAGUGAUUCAGGUCACUCAGGUUCAGUUAAAUUUGGCCCCAGUGCUGAAGAGGUAGCUGAGUCAAAGGCUUUUCCUGCUGAACCUGUUGCCAAAAAGGGUUCAAGAUUAAGGAACAGAUCUGAACGGACGAACGGGGGAAACUCUGCCACUGUCGGUGGGAAGUCAGCAAAACAAGAAAUGGUGAGCAACACAGCAGCUUCUGAAAUCAAUGAACCGCGCCGGUCGAACCGCAAGAUUCAGCCAACAUCAAGGUUAUUGGAAGGCUUGCAGAGCUCACUGAUCCUCCCAAAGCUCCCUUCUGUUUCACAUGACAAAGUUGUCAAAAGCCACAAUAGGGGUCCUACAUCCAAAGGUUAAAAACAAAUAACUGGUCUUAUCAGGUUCAUUCAACAUCCUCCACUCUAGUCCUAAGAGCAAGACUUCUUCUUCUUUCAUUGUCUUAUGAGGUAAUGAAGUAAUCAUAAUAUAUGGUUUCGUUGACAGGUAAAUAGCCAUCACCAUGGCUAAUAGGGGGCGUUUUAGAAUGUAAAACUAAUAAUAACCAAUAUGCUAAACUGUGAUUCUCUCUAGCAUAGCAUAGAGCAGUUUUUGUAUAUUUUUAUUUAUUUAUCAUUGUAGAGCGGGUUAAAAUUGUCAAUGUGAAAAAGUUCUCACUUGGUUGGUUGGUG